AUGGCCUCCUCGGCGGCAGCGCGUGAUCUCGCUGGCAGCGGCGUGGUUGUGGCAGUGCGCGUGCGGCCGCUGCUCGCCCACGAGGCCCAGCACGCCACGGAGCUCCUCAGCCUGGAGCCCGACCACGCGGCCGUGCACAUACAGCCCCGCGGCGACGCGUCCAAGCUCGGAAAGGACUACAAGUUCGAUGCUGUGCUCGGGCCCGAUCACAGCCAGCAGGACGUCUUCGAGGCGCUCAGCGUCCCGCACCUGCUUUCGCGCGUCCUGGACGGCUUCCACGCGACCAUUUUCUGCUACGGUCAGACCGGCUCGGGCAAGACACACACCAUGGAGGGUGGCAUGGAACACGCCGUCGCGGCGUCCGCGUGGGGCGGCGGCGCGGCCCCGGACGACGCGGUCCCGGCCGCGGACGACGUCAACGCGGGCCUCGUGCCCCGCGCGCUCCGGGAGCUCUUCGCCAAAGCCGAAAUCAUGUCUUCCGAGGGCACGGACGUGAAGAUCGAGGUCUCGUUCGUUCAGGUCUACAUGGAGCAGUGCUACGACCUGCUGAACGACGCGUCGUUCGCGUGGCUCGACGACGACGACGACGACCUCGCCUACGGCCCGGACGGCGACCGCCGCCCAGCGCGGAGGGUGGCUCCGGGCCUGCGCAUGCGCUGGAGCAAGCAGCUCGGGUUCCAUCUGGAGAACCUGUUCAAGUUCGAGUGCGCUACGGCGGAGGACGCGCUGCAGCACUGGCGCAGCGGGGUGCGGAACAAGGUGGUGGCGUCGCACCGCAUGAACGUGCAGUCGUCGCGGUCGCACGCGCUGCUGCUCGUCGACGUGACGUCGGUGCCGCCGGGGCGGUCGGAGGAGGCGGUGACGUCGCGCCUGGCGAUGGUGGACCUGGCGGGCUGCGAGCGGCAGGCCGUGACGGGCGCCACGGGCGGCAUGAUUCAAAAGGAGUCGAUCACCAUCAACAAAUCCCUUCUCACGUUGCGCCAGGUGAUCACGGCGCUCGCGGACGGCAAGCGCGGCGCGCACGUCCCGUACCGCGAGUCCCGCCUCACGUCCCUGCUCCAGAACUCCCUCGGCGGCUCCGCGCACACCGUCAUGGUGGCCUGCGUGUCCCCGUCGGACGCCUGGUCCACCGACACCGUCUCCACGCUCGAGUACGCCACCCGCGCGAAGCGCAUCCGCAACGUCGUCGUCCGCAACGAGGACCCCAAGGCGCGCCUCAUCCGACAGCUCCGCGAACAGGUCGCGCUCCUGCAAGAACAGCUGUCAGUCAUGCGGUCACUUGUACCCGAGGACGUGAUCGCGUCGCACUUCGGGGCCGCCCUCGACGCGCUCCCCGCGUCCGCCGCGCCGGGCGUGGAGCCGCCGUCGACCGCCGGGGGCAGCGCGCGGCCGCCGCUGCACCGUCCUGGGUCGUCCGAGCGGCGCACGCGGGCGGCGCCGGACGCGUCGACGUCGUUCCAGCGGCGUGCUGCCGCGGAGACCGUUCGCGCGGAUCGGCCGAGCGGCGCGGGCCCUGCGGCGACGCCGGCGUCGCCGUACGUCGGGCAGGCAGGCACAGGGGCGCGGCCGGUGCCGCAGCGGCAGGGCAGCAUGCGACGCGACAGCGCGGCCUCCGCGGGCGCGAGUUCCGACGCGAGCGUGGAGGGCAAGGAGGCGGAGGGCGGGCAGCGGUCGGGGGAUCGCGUGCCGCGCGCGGUGACGGCGCACGGUCCGCGGGAUGCCGACAGCCUGGCGCAGCGGUUGCUGGGGGCGGCGGAGCUGGUGCGGAAGCUGCAGGGGAGCUCGGGGCGGCUGCAGGGGGCGUACGCGGACGCGAUGGCGCGUGCGGAGCGCAGCGAGGCGGAUAAUGAGGUGUUGAUGAAGGAGAACAACAACCUGCGGGAGCGGCUGUUGCUGCUAGAGGGCGUGGUGGGGAUGGACGUGGGGACGGCGGGGAGGGUGCGGGAGGCGGCGGAGGAGGCCGGGAUGCCCGAGGACCUGCGGGCGCUGACGCUCGGGGCGCGCGGGCUGCACACUGCGAGCGCAACAGUUCUUGCGGAGCUCGUGGAGCUUCGGAGGACGAACCAGAUGCUGCGGCAGCAGCUGCGCAAGCAGCAGGGCAGCCGGAUCGACGCCCUCCACUCGCGGAUGCUCGCAGCGUCGCAGGCGGUCCAGAACGGCCGCGGGCUGCGGCGGCACCAGUCCGCGCGGUCCGUCCUGGUGUCCGGCGGCGCACGAAAGAGCUCGUUCUCGCAGGCGCGGGAGCCGAGCGACGCGGGCGGCCCGCCCGGGGCCAGCAACGCCCUGAGUGCCAGCAGCCACAGCGGCCGCCGCGAGCUCAUGUCCGUCGGCGAGCUCAAGAAGCUGCCCGCGAGCGAGGCGAGCGGGAUGGAGACGGGGGGAGCGAUGGGCGGGGGGAGUGGGGGGGGACUGCAGGUCGACGUGGCGGACCUGGAUGUGGCGGCGGUGGGCGAGGAGCUGAGCAGGAUCAUGCAUGAGCGGCAGGCGCUUGCCCGAGCGCGGCUCGAAGUGUGA